GAAAGUCAAACUCCAAACAGGAGCGAGAGAAGCAGAGAGCAGAGCAGAGGACCAUCCGCCUACAACAUUACACCUCUGCGGACAUCCGAGGCUUAGUAAAGUCCAGAAGAGCUCUGCGUUCUCCAGCUAUAACACUGACCUGUGAGAAGAGCUUUUGGUGGAUGUAAGAGCGCUCAGAGGCAGAAGAAAUGAGCAGAGGAACAGUGAAAGAGCCGCACGGAUGCCAGCGCAACUUCACCCUGAUCAUCGUCAUGCUCGUAGUCAACUGCGGGGCAGAGAUUCCUUCAGACCCAAACGUGGUGGCCGCCUCCAGUUGGAACAUGUCCAGCGGAGCUGAAAGAGAUCACUUUCUAAGGCUGGAUGCUCCAAUGAAUAACAUCACUACCUCCCUCGGACAGACAGCUGAGUUACAUUGCCACGUUUCAGGGAAUCCACCACCCACAGUCCGCUGGCUUAAAAACGAUGCUCCUGUGGUCCAGGAACCACGGCGUGUCUCUUACAGGCCCACUUCGUACGGCUCCCGCCUGAGAAUCCGAAACCUGGACACCACAGACACCGGCUACUUUCAGUGUGUGGCUACCAACACCUAUGGCACAGUAUCUACCACAGGAAUCCUGUUUGUCAAGUUUGAUCCGGCUCCCACCCCUCUGCCUGGAAGGCCUUCACCCUUUACAGUGAGCCUUCCAGAAACUUCAGCAGGUCAAUUCUAGGUUAGCAAAGA